CUAUGAUUGACAUUUGACAUCGAUUGACAUCUGUGUUUUGUUGACUGUAAAUUAAAUUCUUUUUUUCUUUUUAUAAAAAGGUGUAGUAGGCUGAGCUGGCUAGGUUAACUAAUUGAUUUAAGACAUAUUUAUCCAUCUUGCAUAGUUUUUCAAUUAUAAAUAUGGCCGAAGCAAUGAAACAGACCGUCGGGACAAUGUUAAAAGGCAUUGAAAGGUACAAUCCCGACAAUUUACCAACUCUAGAACGUUACGUUGAAGUCCAAUCUCGAGAAAAUUCGUAUGACUUGGAGGCCAAUUUAGCAGUGCUUAAAUUGUAUCAAUUCAACCCUCUUAGUUUCAACAUAGAUAUUACUUGUCAAAUUUUACUUAAAGCCCUUACAAAUUUGCCUCACACAGACUUUAUCUUGUGCAAAUGUCUGCUUUACGAUAAACAGUUGUCUCAAGAACCAAUCAACCAGAUAGUAUAUUUGGCAGACAUUUUGGAACAAUGUGAUUUCCAGCUUUUCUGGACGAGAAUUCACACCAUGCCAGAACUGUUCCAGAACAUCACCGGCUUUGUAGAUUCCAUAAGAAAAUUUGUCUGCCACGUUGUUGGUAUAACGUAUCAAACCAUCGAGAGAACUCAUUUGGCACAACUUCUUGGCGAUGUGGAUGACAGCACACUUAAACUCUGGGUGAAGAAGUAUGGCUGGAAGGACAUGACUGGCAAUUUGAUUUUCAUUGCGAACCAGGAUGAAAACAUUAAGACUAAGAACAUCAACGAGAAGAUAGAUUUUGAAAAUGUUGGUGCUAUUAUGGCAUCAUGCCGUUAAGUAAAUAAACCACAUUUUUAUUAU